GUUCUCUUUUGAGUCGGCUUCGGCAAGUCUCGGGAGGGCGAAGCGGAGCUACCGCCAGCAUUAACGUUGGCGGGACGGGGGGUGGGGGCCUGCCUGGUCCAUCUGGCGGGGCGAUGUGUGUGUGGUUUGUCGCGGGCUGAGGAGGGUACGACCUGUGAGUAUUGAGAAGCGGGUGGAUGCCUUUGUGUGGAAGCUGUGGGCUAGGAUAAGAUCUUUUGGAAACAUUCACUAUGGUCCGAGAACGAAAAUGUAUAUUAUGCCACACCAUAUACAACUCAAAAAAGGAAAUGGAUGAACACAUGAGAAGUAUGCUUCAUCACAGGGAACUUGAAAAUCUCAAGGGGAGGGACAGCAAUCAUGAGUGCCAGGUGUGUAAGGUGACAGUAGUAGGCCUGUCAGCAUAUGCAAAGCACAUCUCAAGCCAGCUGCACAAAGACAACAUUGAAGCCCACGAUGCAGAGGAAGGACAGGAGGAGGAAAAGGAAGAAUACUUUGACAAGGAAUUGAUCCAGUUAAUCAAACAAAGAAAUGAGCAGAACCGGGCAGGUGAAAUGUGCCGUGCAAACCAUGAAACUGAAAGUGAUGACAGGAGACUGCAAAGACAGCAAGAUGACAGAACCUCUUAUCAAGACAGAGACAUAUAUGAUUCAUCGUCAAGGUAUCAUCGUGGACCAUCACAGAGGGACUGGAAAUGGGAAAACGAAGGCUUCUUAAAUCCCAGACAAGGCAAAUUCACACAUUCUACAAGAAAGCCAAAUAAUACAAAAAAGCAUCUUGCCAGUCAAAGAGGAUGGUCUGGGUGGCAUCCAAACAAUUCUGGAGCACCUCCGAAUUGGUAUCACAACUAUGGAAAUGCCGGAGCUGUUUGGCAUCAGAAUCCUGGAGGAGGAACAUCAGGAUGGCAUCAUGGUGGUAGAGGAAGAAGUUCUAACUGGAAUUCUGGGGGAAAUAAUGGCUUUUCUAAUUGGCAGUCCAAAAAUUCAGGAGCAAACAGGAAGCCUGGCCAACAAAACACAAAUGACUGGAAUUUAGGAAGAAACAGAGCUGCAAACUACAGUACCCAAGUUGACAACAUGGUUGCUCCGUGGUCAAAAAGCAAGAGUAUACAAGAAAAUUACAUCAUAGAAAGAUAUUCAUGGCAAUGGCAGGAGAGUGGUUCUGUUGCAUCCUAUACAGGCCUAGCUAAAGAAAACGAUUUUAACUGUUUAUUGGAUUUCACAAGUGAUCAGCUACCUUCAGAUCAAUUAUUAAACUUCGUUGUUUCUGAACAGCCAGAGAGCAAGGCCUCCAAGGUCAAUGGAAAGUGCAACAACCCUUCCCGAGAAAAGACAAAUCGGUGGGCUCCAUAUCCCUCUCCAAAAAUAGUAGAACAGCAGCCAGCAUCUGUUGAGAGUGUAGCUAAAUCUUCAGAGAAAGCAGAUUCUGCACAUUUGUCAUCGUCUCAUCUCUCUUCAAAAUGGGCAGAUCCUAAAACUAACAAAUCCAAAAUGAGGAAAUCAGAAGAAAAUUAUUCAGUAGCUACAAAUUCCAAAAUGACACCCAACAAAUCUGCACCAUGUAAAGGACCAAGAGAAUACAGCAGUGAGACAAAACCAGACUAUGCUGAAGGUAAAGGAAGCCGGAUGCCAACUCUGAAGUCCCCACUUCUGGCUAUUCCAGAUAUAAAGCCUUCACAAAAAAGAGGCCCAAAGAGUCUUUUGAAACAGGUCCAACUUCUUCUAUCUUCAUCGUCGGGGGAAGGUCAGAAUCAACUGAACACAUUAAAUUUAGAAAAUAACAAUUCCUCCUUAAAUGGAUCCAAGGCGAGCAAUGAGUAUAGUAACUCUAACAAUUCAAAAGGCAUUAAACAUAUGCUUGGCAAUAAAAAAGGCUUAAAUGAAGUGUUACAAAAGACCAAAGAAGAAAUCCAGUAUAAUGGUUCUCUCAAAAACUCUUACUCAAGCCCUUGCAGGAGUACUCAAACUGAUGGAAAUAAAGAUUUGAAUAUUGAGGUCCCUACAGAUAAAACAUGUGAGUCCCAAAUAGCAAAAUUGGAAAAUGAGAGCCCCAGAGAUAUAACAGGAAGCAAGACCACUCUGUCAAAAUUAUGUUCAUCUUGUGAUCUGGAUGAAGCAGAACAUGCUACAGGAAGAAAAGGUAACUGUGUAGGAGAAUCAGGAGAUACUGUGAAAAAUGGUGCUGAAUUCCAAAUGGACUCUUUGGAAUCCCAAUCUAGUGAUCGACAAAAUGGAGCUAUUGAAUUGAAAGCAUCUUUGGAAGAGGGUGGGGAUGAAAAUACCAGAAAAUCAAAUGAUGCUGUUGAAGAAGAAAGUUAUGGAGAUCAUUCAAAUCAAGAGCUGCAGAGAGAUUCAACAGGGCAGCCCUCAGGCCCUCUUCUUCCUGAACUGAGUAAGCUUGGCUUUCCGGCUUCUCUCCAGAGAGACUUAACAUGGCGUACCAGUUUGAAGAGCAAAACUGGCUCACAUCUACCAGAACCCAACCUCAACAGCGCAAGGCGCAUUCGAAAUGUUAGCGGCCACCGGAAGAGUGAAACCGAGAAGGAAUCAGGGCUCAAGCCAACUUUGCGGCAGAUUAUUAGUGUAUCUCGUCGAAAUGUAAACUGGGAGCAAGUCAUUCAGCAAGUGACAAAGAAGAAGCAAGAACUUGGCAAAGGUUUACCAAGGUUUGGCAUAGAGAUGGUUCCCCUCAUCCAGAAUGAACAGGAAGGUCUUGAGGUGGAUGAGGAUGCUGACUUGACCAGUCUUGAAGGAUUCCAUUGGGAAGGGAUAUCCAUAGGCUCCCCUGGAACUGUGAGGAAACGCAGCCUCUCCGAAAGCAGUGUGGCUGUAGAUAAGAUGGCCUCUGCUUACAGCUUUUUCAGCAACCAAAGCAUGAGCAAAGAAAAUGAGCAAAAGAAAGUCAGUCCCAUUGCCACCACUGAGGAUGCAGUGUCUAGAUCCCCAAUACCUGCAGAUGCCAUGGUUCAUGUGAAGCAAGAAUCUGCUUCUCUUCCUUCCUCACCAUUCAUGUCUGACAGGACUGAUUCAGGAAUAAGACUCAGCCUACAGACUCCCCCAAAUGUUAACAGAACUACAGCAUUUGGUACAGAAGAAGCCCAGAGAAACCGUGAAUAUAGCACUCAGUUGCUUGAAAGCCAUGACAUGCUGGAGAGUCCAGGACAGAGAUACUCGGUGGCUUCAGCCCUUGCAACAUUCAGCAAUCUAGAUGCAGCUACAGACAGCAGCUACACAUCAGGCAACGAGCAGAAUGACAGCCAGGGUACAGGAAAAAAGAGAAGAGCAACUGGAGAGGGAUCCUCUCCUGAAAUUCCAAGUCUAGAAAGAAAGAAUAAACGAAGGAAGAUUAAAGGGAAGAAAGAGCGUUCUCAGGUAGACCAGUUGUUGUCUAUUUCCUUGAAAGAAGAAGAACUGAGCAAAUCCUUGCAAUGUGUGGAUGGAUGCCUCAUGCAGGCUCGGGCUGCUCUCCAAGCAGCUUAUAUGGAAGUACAGCGACUGCUUGUACUGAAAGAGCAAAUAUCAGUGGAAAUGGGGACUCUGAGAAGCCAGAGAAUUCAGAUUCUGCAGGGUUUGCAAGAAAGCUAUGACCCUUCUGAGCAACUGCAUCAACUCCAUGCCAGUGACUCAAGUGAAAAAAGAAUUAGCAAGCUUCAGCCUGCCCAUAAUCUGAUUGCUAAUCCAGGUCUUCUUGUUCCUCUUUUGGAAACUGCUUCACCUCUUGCUGCCCAGAUACCCCCUGUUCCUUUGGCGGCCAGCCUCCAAGUAAAAAGUCCACCUACAUUCCAAAGCCCUCCAAGCCUUGGAGCCAUCUCAGUCCCUGAUUCGUUUAUUCAAAUCAAGCAGGAACCUGCCUCUCCCAAACAUGGGGAAGAGAGCAUGACUAUUCCUGAAGAGAGCUCUCCACAAGCAGAACUUCUGUUUCCGGGUGGGAAUACAAACCAACAAUCUUCACUAUACCCAUUUACCACUCCUGCCAUGUCCUUGUCAGGGCUAAUUGAGUUCCAAGAACCUGAUCAAGAUAUUCAGAAGUCUCUUCCAAAUAAGGGGAAGACCAGAUUAUCUGGACAUUCUUGCAUUAAUGGUUCACCAAUGCUCUUGUCGGUGAAGUCAGAAGAAAACAAAGCCCCAGCAGACAAUGCCACCUCAGAACAGUGUAGCAGCUCCUUCCAAAGCCAAGCUUUCCUCCCUGAAUCAUAUGUGAGUGAAGAUCCCAGACAGACAACGGAACAGCCUGAACAGAUGGCAGUCUCCACUCUAGUUUCCACAGAGGGCAAAACAAGCAAGAAAAAGAAAAAGUUGAAGAAGAAGAAAGCACUACGAGCGGCAGCUCAGUUACCUGAGAACAGUGAUACAGAGCAGGAUGUCAGUGACUCAAAACCUUUCAGGAAAGUCAAGACGAUCAAGGUGCCCAAAGGGGAAAAAGUGACUACAUCCACUCCUCUGAAGCAAGAGGAUGCUGCCCAGGAAGGAAAACAGAAGAAAGACGAGAAUGAAAGUGACACAUCUUUGGAAUUUGUGGAAGUCCCCAGGUCUCCUCUUGAAGUGGUGGCUAUCACCUCCUCAGAGUCAGGGGAUGAGAAGCCAGACAGCCCUUCUAAGCGGGAUGCCCUGAACACCUCAGAGCAGCUUUUAAAAGAGGCGUCUCGGUCUGGCUAUGAUGAAGUCAGCUCUACUAGUGAGAUUGGAACAAACUAUAGGGAUGGGAUAGCUAGAAGUGUUGCUGAGACUCAGACAUCGAUAUCAUCACUAAGAGGAUCAAAAAACUCAUCAGAAGUCUCUUCUGAGCCAGGUGAAGAUGAGGAACCUAGUGAAGGGGUCUUUGAAGGACAUUCGGCCUCAGUGAAUGCCAUUCAGAUUUUUGGCAACUUAUUGUACACGUGCUCAGCAGACAAAACUAUCCGUGCAUAUAACUUAGUGAACAGGAAGUGUGUCGGCAUCUUUGAAGGGCACACCUCAAAGGUGAACUGCCUCCUGGUGACUCAGAUAUCAGGGAAGAAUGCAGUACUCUAUUCGGGCUCCAGUGACCACACUAUAAAUUGUUAUAACAUCAAGACUAGGGAACUUGUGGAUCAAUUUAAAUUGGAUGACCGUGUGCUCUGCCUGCACAGUAGAUGGAAGAUUCUUUUUGCGGGACUUGCUAAUGGCAAUGUUGUCACAUUCAGCAUGAAGAAUUGCAAGCAACUAGACACCUUUGAGUGCCACACUCCUCGGGCAAUCAGCUGUCUUGCCACAGCCCGGGAAGGGGCACGGAGGUUGCUGAUUGUGGGAUCCUAUGAUUGUACGAUCAGCGUGCGAGAUUCCCGAAAUGGACUCUUACUUCGAACCUUGGAGGGUCACAGCAAAACUGUACUCUGUAUGAAGGUUGUGAAUGACUUGGUGUUCAGUGGUUCCAGUGACCAGUCUGUCCAUGCCCACAACAUACAUACUGGUGAGCUGGUGCGCAUUUACAAAGGGCACAACCAUGCCGUAACAGUUGUGAACAUUCUAGGAAAAGUGAUGGUAACAGCUUGCUUGGACAAAUGUGUCCGUGUUUAUGAGCUGCAGUCCCAUGAUCGUCUGCAAGUCUAUGGAGGACAUACGGAUAUGAUUAUGUGCAUGACUAUUCAUAAGAGCAUGAUCUACACUGGUUGCUAUGAUGGAAGUAUUCAAGCUGUACGGCUGAACUUGAUGCAGAAUUAUCGUUGCUGGUGGCAUGGAUGCUCUCUGAUAUUUGGAGUCAUGGACCACCUGAAACAGCAUUUGUUAAAUGAUCACACAAACCCAAAUUUUCAGACUUUGAAGUGUCGCUGGAAGAACUGUGAUGCUUUCUUCACCUCCCGAAAAAGUUCCAAGCAGGAUGCUGUGGGACAUAUUGAAAAACAUGCUGAGGAUGAUAGCAAGAUUGACUCCUGAAGAUUUUUUUGCCUCCCAUAUUGGGAAGUACUUUUUUUAUAUACUGGAACUUUUCCAUGCCUUGUCAACCUCUUGUCUUCUCCUUUUCCCUCCUCCUAUAUUCAUAUAUGGAGUGAAAAAAAGGAUGUGGCUUUUUUUUUUACUACAGAGACAGCAUCUUAGUUGCAGCUCUGUAGAAAAGGGAAUGAUGGACAGACUGAGACCAAACAAAACAUUGUUUUAAUUUGUUAGAAGAAAAAAACCAAUAAUGCUUUGUUUUAUUUUCCAUGUUAAAAACAGACAUUGUGCAUGUCUAAAAUUAGUUACUCAGAGGAAUAUUUAGUACUCACACUCGUGCCUAUAUACACUGUUCUGUUUGUCCAUCUAUUUUGAUGCUGUAUUCAGAAUGUCCCAGGUAAUUUACAGUUUGGGAUUUAGACAAUUCCAACAAUAAAAAAAAAGAACUUCCAGUAGCAAAUACCACCUAAGCAUUGAACUUUGCAUUUCCUUUCAUUACGUAUUUGUAUCAUCUCUCUGGUCAUGCGAGAUUUUAAUGGGGAGUACUAGAGUAAACAGAUUGUGUCUUGUUUGGUUCUUCCAUUUGUGCUGUGAGUUAUCUCCAGUUCUAUUGUUACAUCGGCACAGUAAGUCACUCUUAAUACUUGACUUUUUAUGCAUUUUAGCUCUCCAAGAAUCUGGUGAUAAUCACUAAAAUACUGCCUCACCUAACCAACAACCUAGCGUCUGUUUCUUAAAACAGAUUUACUGUUACUUUUAAAAUAGUUUUUAAUUAUCAGGCACCUUGUUGCAGACUUGUGAGGAUAACAAUUUCAGCUUUUAAGCAUAUGUUUCGGUACCUUUAUAUCCAGCACUGUCUAGCCAUAGUAAGGGGAUUGCAACAAUAAUUCUGAGAGUUUAUGACCCAUUGGCUAAAAUCAUGUAGUAAGUCACAACUAGAGUAAGCCCAUUGAAUCAGUGGAACUUACAGAGGAAUUGUGUACUAGAUUCAAGCUAUUGUGACAUUUUAAAUUGCAGAGCUUUGGAGUCCUUUACUGUUAUUGAGCAUGCUCACUUCUGCAUAACUGACACAUUGUAACCCUGUGCUUUUCAACCAGCUUAUUGGUGGCCAUCAGUCUCUGAGAUACCAUCACCUUCUGUUGAGCGUUGCUCAGCAAAAGAAAAUGCUGCUUGCUGGAUGGAAAACAUGCACUUCUAACAUCCAAAGAGCCCAAACAGAAGCUGAGAGGACCAUUUGUCGGUGUUGUACCACCAUUUAGAAUGACAUGCAGAAUUACAGAGUUGGAAGGGGCCUACAAGGCCAUCGAUACAGCAUCCUGAGAAAUAUAAUUUUGAGACAAUAGCUAUAGGACAAAGAACUGAAAUAUUUUGUGUGGAAAAGAAAAUAGUGUACACAUGUCCAUCACUGUUUCAGAGGUUUGGAUGCAGCACUGUGCACCAGUCGGUUCACGCAGUGGUUUUAGAUCUCAGCCGGUGUUCUUGUUGUUACUUGCAUCAGCCUUUUUCUGCCUUAUUCAUGAAGAAAACUGAGAACCUUGCAACAUAUCUAUGUCUAUAAAGUUAUUUUUGAGGAAGUGGAAGUAUUAAAUGAGCCCAGGGUGUUUUAAUCAAACAGGAGGCAAUGUUCACCUAUAGAUAUGUUUUGAAGCAGCUAGGUGCAAGGUGGAAGCUAUUGCUUAUCUUGAAGAACUUGUAAACGUUGUGAAUGCUUGCCCAUUUGACUGCAUCUUGGGCUUAUUUGAAAAAAAUUAUUUGGGAAAGAUUGUCCCCUUUUUUUGGCUGUGACUAAAAAUCUGGGUCUGUGUAGCCAUUAUUUUGGUGGCAGAAAAAUUGGGGAAAAAUACAUAUUAACUCUUUAGAUACUAUGUCCUUCUUUUACUCUUUCCUUCUGUGGUGUGAAGAAUUUUACAGUUAAUCGGUAAUAUUCUUUUACUCCAAGAGGGGGCACAUCUAGAGAGUAGCACCUGGAUUUAAACUGCACCUGGAUUUUGUUUUGUUUUACCAAUGCUUUGGCAAUUUUUUCCAGAGUGAGACAAGCUGAAAGAAACUGCCAAGUGAGCACCUCAAGAGGCAUCUCAGUACUUUAUCAAGAAGUUGUAGAGCGUUCAGUCCAUAGAAAAAAAAUUAAGCAUGCAAUGGGUGUGUGAGUGUGUGUGGAUGUGUUUACAAAAACGGAAUUAUUUUUAAAACAUCCUUAGUUGAAACAAACGUGCCAAGCCAGAGUGGUUGUAAGAAAAAUACGUGGAGUGCAGUGUUCGUAUUAGUCUUGAGGAUUUAUUAGUCUUGAGGAUUAAUGAGUGAUUGGAUUUAAAUUCUGCAUCCUCUCGAAGUUCUUAUUUUAAGGCUUCAGUGGAAGAGGGUUGUGACUUCCUUUGCAGGAAUGUAUUAGUAUUUUUUUUCACAGCACUAGUAGGAUAUGUGACAUACUACCUACUUGUGUUCUUAGCUGUUGUAAUAGGUGUAAAUGUGUGUGCAUUUGUUUAAGAUGGUUGUGAAAAUGUGUUUUUUUUUCUUUGAUCCAUUUUGGGAUGCCAUAGAUAAUUUGUCUUCAGAGUGAUUCACCAAUAAUUUGUGAUCAUAUCCCUCCAAGGGUUGGUUCAAUUAGGUUUCCAUUUACUGGAGACUUUGAAGAAAAUUGUUGUAAGCCAUGUCACAUAUUCAGAAAUACCUAUUUUCUCAUAUACUCCUGAAUCUAGUUGUUAGUCCAAAGUAUAGUAAAGUCCUUAAAUAAGUAGGAUUUACAUAAGCGUUGACUCACCAUUCAGCAUUUGAUUCAAUAAGUCUACAAAUGUUUGGACUGGAAAUAAGAGAUAGGUCUCAAGGUUUUGGGGGCGGGGGCUAUUUCAGUAUGCAGUAAUGCAACUUCUACUCAAGCUGCAUAAUUCCUUUAUUUAGAUAUUUCAGGGAUUUUUUUUUUAAAUAAUUCUUUGGUAUGAGGUUCUGCUUUCUGUUCUUCUGCCUCUUUUGGAGAGGAUGUGAGCAUGUUUCUCUGGACUCUGCCAGAAACCUUGGUGCCACAAAGGACAUGCUUUUUGAUUGCUGGUUUGUGAAAAGUUAGCAUCAUUCUGUCAUGCUCAUAAAGGUUCCAAAUGUUUCUGGCAUCUUUUCACAAAUAAGCUGAAGUCGUCUUGAGAAAGCUUUGUCUUGAAAGUAGGAGAUAGAAAUAAGGUGGCUAGAAGGAUUUGUGGAGUGUGUUCUUUAAUUCUGUGGGAAGUGUGUUAAGUUUUAUAUGUUGGCUAAUGUAUGAGUAAGCUUUCAUGGACUGUUUAUGAAGUGCACAUACUUCUCCAUCACAAUUGGCAUUUAUUUGAUACCAUUUCUUUUAUUUUGUGAAUGUAAGUGUUUGGUGUGUGCUAAGAGAUGUGCAGUGGGGGAACGGUUUGUGUAUCAAAAUUCAGGGAGUUUUGCUGUUGUUCAUCUGUUUGCAUCUUCUUUUGCCAUUAAAGGUGACUGAGUAUCAGUGACAACUCCAGCUUUUCUUUGUCCUUUGAGACAAAUACCGUACUUAGGCUUGAAGGAUCAAGACAUCAAAGCCACAGUUCCAGUAGAUAUUGAUGGCAAGACCUCUAUCUUAAGGGUGCUGGAUUGAAUUUUAAUAGUGAAUGAGAAUGUGAAAUUUGUUCUGGCUUUAUGGUUAUUUCAAAAAAAUAAUAAUUCAAGUUUGUUGUGUGAGAGAACUCACAAAUUCAGUGGCAUGUAGUUUAAAAAAAUGUGAAGACAGUGGCCAGCCAAGAGCUAGCUUGACCUAAAUGAUGACUUUCCUAGAUUUUUCUGGUCCUCCAGGUAGGAUUACUUUCCUCAAGGCAUACCAGCAGACAAAACUAUGAAUUUUCCAUUUUUCUCUAUUACACUACUGCUAGUAGAUGUAACAAGAAAGGCUCAGGUUGUGUACACUUUCAGGCAAGAGCUGAUUUAUGUGACUAAAAAUACUGGUUGAGAUAAAAUGCAUAGACAGUAAGCUUUACUGGCAGCUUCCCCUAAACCUACAUUGUUUAUGUGGGUGACGUGUAUGGCUUUUUCUCAUAAAGAUGUGUGACCCAAAGGCACCGAAUGACUUGGUCUUUCCUUUUUACUACAAAGCUGUGAACUAAAUAAACAAAAAGAAAAUAAAGAAAAUAAAUUUACUUUAUACCAA